CGGGCACCCAGAACCCAGCGGGCCACCCACCAGGCGCUUCCUCAGUGUUGCUGGGGCUGCCCUGGGUCCUGGGCACACACAAGCUCUCCCCCGGGACCCCUGGAGUGGGGAAGCCUGGGGGCAUUUCCAAGGGGGUGUCUGGGAGCUGACCGGAAGGAGCUGCUGAGCCCCCUCACGGGACCCUUUUCCUUUCCAGCGCCGCUUUCCGGGACCCCCCUGGCCUGGGAGUGCGGAGCAUGGAGGAGAGUGGAGAGGGCGCCGGGCUGGAGCCCUGGAGGCCCCCCGAGACCUCCAUGAUGUUCAAGGAUGUGACUGUGGACUUCACUUGGGAAGAGUGGGGACUCCUGGGCCCUCCCCAGAAGGAGUUGUACUGGGAGGUGAUGCUGGAGAACUACAGGAACCUGGUCUGCCUGGGCCUUGCUGAUUCCUACCAAGAUGUGAGGAUCUCUGAGCUGGAGUCAGGGGAACCACAUUGGAUUCCACCUGGUGGUGUCCUAAGAAGAUGCUGGCCAGGUUGGGAAUCGAGGCCUCAGACCAAGGAGUCAGCUCCCAAGAUGAGUAUUUCUGUGAAAGUCUUAUUCCAGGAAAAGUUCUUGGAGGAUGAUCCAAGAAUCUGCAACAUGGGGAAAGCCUGGGUGUGUGAUGGCAGGUUGGAGAAAAAGCAGAACAUUGAAGGGAAACCUUCUGGACCAAUAAAAAUAAUCCAAAUAGAAUCUCCCAAUGAGGCCAGAGGCUCUGAAUACAAUAAAUUCAGUCCAACCUCUAGCCCAGAGCCAGACCUUUUUCCACAACAGGGAGCACCUGUAGUUAUGAAGUGCCAGAAAGGAGAUAACCAGAGAGAGAGUUCCACCAUGUAUUCGAACGAAGGACAAUGUGAUCAAAUCUAUUCCAGGAAGAAGUGUUUUAAGGUUAACAAAUGUCAGAAAGUGCUGGGUCAUGAUUUGGGCUCCAUAAAAAAACAUGGAAUUCAUUCUGAAGAGAAAGUUCAUGAAAGGGGGAAUUCUUUCCUUCGUAUUAAUGAAUUUGGUCCAUACCAGACAACUGAUAGGGGAAAACUCUGUAAUGACCUGUCUAAACAUAGGAAGACAAGUCUUUCUGAAUACUCUCAUCUUCAGAGUACAGAGAGACGGUACAACUGCAGUGAAUGUGGAAAGGCCUUCCAGCAAAAGGGGGCUCUUGAAGCACAUUACAGAAUCCAUACUGGAGAGAAACCUUUUAAAUGCAGUCAAUGUGGUAGGGCUUUCUGCCAAAAGACAGAUCUUAUCCGACAUGUUAGGAUUCAUACUGGAGAGAAACCUUUUAAAUGCAGUAAAUGUGGGAAAGCCUUUUCUAGGAGCACAAACGUAACUUUACAUCAGAGAUCUCAUACUGGAGAGAAACCCUUUGAAUGCAGUGAAUGUGGGAAGACUUUCCGGUCAAGCUCUCACCUUUCAGAACACAGGAGGAGAACUCAUGAAGGAUUAAGACUUCAUGAAUGCAACGUGUGUGGGAAAACAUUCUCUCGGAAGUAUGACCUUACUAAUCACAGUAGAAUUCAUACUGGAGAGAAACCCUAUGAAUGCAGUGAAUGUGGAAAGGCCUUCCGCCUGAAGACAGGUCUUACAUAUCACUUCAGAAUUCAUACUGGAGAGAAACCCUAUGAAUGCAGUAAAUGUGGAAAGGCCUUUUAUAGAAAGCAAGAUCUUAUCAAACAUAAUAGGAUUCAUAUCAGAGAACAACCCUUUUAAUGGAACCUUUGUGGGAAAGGUUUUCCCUGGAGAAGGUCAUUGACCCCAAAUCAGAGAAUUCAUCCUGGAGAGAAACCUUAUGAAUGAAAAUAUUGUGGGAAAGCCUUUCCCAGAAGCUCUGCAGUGACUGCCAUCAGGGAACUGAUACUGGAGAGAAACCCUAUAGUGCAAUGAAUGUGGAAAGGCCUACUUCCAAAAUAAAAAUAUUUCAUUGGUUGAAAGAACAAUACAUGCCCAAAGGAAAUCUUAGGAAUGUAAUUCAUGUGGAAAGACAUCCCUUUGGAUCACAGCUGCUUCCUCAACAUACAAGAAUUCUUGAUGAAGAGAACCUUGUUAAUAUAAUCAUUGAAGCAAUACUUUCUUUGGAAGGGAUUCCUUGAUAAAUUUCCUUCAUAUUGGAAGGAAACCAUAGAAAUCUGGGGCCGGUAAAAAGCCCUUCUGUUGAUGAUGUUGAACCAUUUCUCCUUAUUAGAAGAGGCAUUGGAUAGAGAUACCAAGGAGGCACAUACUCUCAGGUAGCCAGAAUAUUGACUGAUUUUCCUUGACAUCAUGGAAUUUUUUUUCCUUGGGGAGAGGAAGUAUUAUUCUUUCCAAGGAAACCCCAUGGACAAAGGCCACAGGAUCCCAAAGAGUCUGAUGCCACUGAAUGACCAACAACAUGAUUAUUGCUGACCAUUUUUAACACUGGGGUACAGUGCGUAGAGUGCUGGGCCUUGAGUUGGGCAGGCUCAUCUUCUUGAGUUCAGAUCUGGCCUCAGACAGUCAGUUACCAGCUAUGUAACCCUGAACAGAGCCUUGACUGCCUCGAUUCCUCUUCUGUAAACUGAGCUGGAGAAGGAAAUGUCAAACCACUUCAGUGUCUUUGCCAAGAAAACUCCAAAUGAGGUCAGGAAGAGUUGGACACGACUGAACAAUAACAACAAAUAUCGGGAGUUGUGGGUGAAAAGCCCCCUGUCCCCUUCUGUGAGGAUUAGAUUUUAAUGUUAGCAGUAGUCUUGAGAGAAUCACAAUUGUAAUUCCAAACUAGUUAAGUAACGUUAUCAUAAGUGAUGCUUUUAGUAGAAGGAUUAAAGGUUUUGAAUUAAGUCAA